AUGGUGGCAUUUGACAUCAGAAUUAUUCGCAUUAAUUCAAAACGUUCAAUCUACAGAAUUGAGUUAGAUGGACAAAUGUCUCUGGAUGAUCUCAAAAGGAUAGUGGAAAAACGUACUUCGAUCUAUGAUAAAUAUCAGACGAUACUGCACAAUGGCAAGCUUAUCCCUACUGGAAGACUUCUCACUAUUGAGCCCGACGAUAAAGUUCAAGUGCUUGUUCACCAUGUUCAAGACCAGUGUCAACUUUCUUCUUCGAAGCAGCAUUCCAUUUUUAAAAUUUGGGGCAAGUUCGUGAGAUUGUUUCAAUUAGCACGAGGAGCACGGAGAGCAGAAGACCCAAAAUCUCAAACCAUACUGCUGAAUGACGAGCUAGUGGAUACCGAAAGAUUUCUCACUAUUAAGCGCGGAGAUAAAAUUGAAGUGGAGCAUUCGAUGUUGAAAAUCUGGGACAAGUUCAUGAGAUUGUUUCAAUUAGCACAAGAAGCACGGAGUGCAGAUGACUAUGCUUCUGAACUGCAGAAUGCUUUGCUAGCACAGGAACAGCUCACAAUUCUCUCCAACUCAAAUUUUUUUUACACUUUUCACCACUUGUUGAGCUUUCGUGGAGACUUCCGUAAUAAGUAUUCGUGUUUCGGAGAGAGUGAGUUCCAGUAUAUUCUGACAGCUUGGAAUCAUUUUUGCUCCACACGCAAUGUAAAUUACCCAGAUUCCGUUCAGUUCCGAUUCGAAAGUUUCCAGAACAGGCGAAGAGGAAUCAGAGAUGGACUGCGCAUCUUAGAACGGCAGAGUGGAGUUUUAAUUAAGACAUACGAUAUCAAAGUUCAUACGAGAUUUGCGGAAAAGCACGGAGAAGGAAGUGCUGAUCUGCGAGUGCUGUUUAUGCAUAAGUUGAUGGAAAUCUUAGGAAUCGGACCGAAAGUUCAUUUCCUUUCUUGCACUGAUCAUUCCGGAUUUGGUCUCUACAUUGCAGCUGAAGAUUUGUCUUCGUGUGUUGUUGAUGAGUCUAGCGUAAGCCGUGAAGGGAAAGAUCGGGUUAAGAUAGUAUCUCUCUGUUGUUUUUUGAGAGACAUAGCGAAAAAAGCAAACUAUGGUGUCGAUAGCCAAGGAAAUUUCAUAAUUUUGGAUUUUGAGAUUCGUGAACAAACUAGCUACAUGUUUAACAGCUUUUUACAUCUUGUGGGAGCAGAGAGUAGAAAUAUGGCAAAGAAGUUCCUGGAGAAUUUGGAUAUAGCCAACAGUAUAGAUAAGGCCAAAAUUGAAAUCGAAGAGCAAAGGAAGCUGUUAGAGGAACAUGGGAUAACACAGAGAGCAGAGCAUGAUUUCGAUGAGUAUUUGGCUAAGAUCGAAGACAAUUUUCAAAGAAGAGAACGACAGAAGUAUCUGGAUAAAAGACGGUUAGACUUGGCUCACACACUCAUACGAUUGGGAUUGGUCCACUGUUCUGAAUCAGAAGGUAAUCAAUUAUAUAUAAUUAUUAAUAUGCUUAUGUCUUUUAAUUUGCGAAUGCUUUCUGAGUGA